AUGUUACACCAAGGUCAAGAAGAAAGAUACAUGUCUUUAAAAACGUCGAUAAGAACAGCUCAUCUCUUUGAAGUGGUCCCAAAAAUAGAAACCAAUUACAGUUAUUGCAUUGAUUAUCACACUUCCAUUCUUUACUUGCCAUUCAAACUGAGAAAAACAAUGAUAGCACCAUCUUUAGUGCUUCUAUUUGCGUUCUGUCUUUCCUUGACGAGGGCAUUCUAUUUACCUGGUGUUGCACCUACCACUUACCAUCCCGAUGAUGAAAUACCACUACUAGUGAAUCAUUUGACACCUUCUAUGUAUUUUCAACAUAAAAAUGAGGAUGGGAAGACAAUGAAAAGCGAUAAAGAACGUUUCCUAUAUUCAUACGAUUAUUACUAUGAUAGAUUUCAUUUUUGUCAACCUGAACACAUUGAAAAGCAACCUGAAUCCUUAGGAUCUAUUAUCUUCGGUGACAGAAUUUAUAACUCACCAUUCCAAAUCAAUAUGUUACAGGAUAAAACUUGUGUCUCACUUUGUAAAACCACCAUACCUGGGAAAGAUGCUAAAUUCAUCAACAAAUUGAUUAAGAAUGGAUUCUUCCAAAAUUGGUUGAUUGAUGGUUUACCAGCAGCAAGACAAGUUUACGAUAGUAGAACUAAGACAGAAUUCUAUGGUACUGGUUUCGAAUUAGGUUUUGUUGAUGUGGUCCAAGGUACCACUACGGGGGAUAACGCCAACACUGUUGCUAAGAAACCAACUACCAAUGAAGGUUUGGAAUUAGAUACACGUGAUGCCAAGAACGUUCAAAUGUUAAAGAAUUUUGAAUUGCCUUACUUUGCCAAUCAUUUUGAUAUCCAAGUUGAAUACCAUGACCGUGGUGAAAAUAAUUACCGUGUUGUUGGUGUUAUAGUUAAUCCUGUAUCAAUCAAACGUUCGACUCCCGGUACUUGUGAAACCAGUGGUGCUCCUUUAAUGUUAUCUGAAGAUCAAGAUAAUGAUGUCUAUUUCACUUACUCUGUUAAGUUCAUUCCAUCAGAAACCAUUUGGGCAACAAGGUGGGAUAAAUAUUUGCAUAUCUAUGAUCCAGCUAUUCAAUGGUUUUCAUUAAUUAAUUUCUCUGUUGUUGUAUUGUUAUUAUCGUCCGUCGUCAUUCAUUCCUUAUUAAAGGCUUUGAAAAGUGAUUUUGCACGUUAUAAUGAAUUGAAUCUAGAUGAUGAUUUCCAAGAAGAAGCAGGCUGGAAACUAGGUCACGGUGAUGUUUUCCGUAUUCCACACAGAUCUUUACUGCUUUCUGUCCUUGUUGGUUCUGGUGUCCAAUUAUUUUUAAUGAUUAUCUGUAGUAUCUUCUUUGCAGCAUUAGGUUUCUUGUCUCCAAGUUCAAGAGGUUCAUUGGCUACUGUGAUGUUUAUUCUUUAUGCAUUAUUUGGGUUUGUUGGUUCUUAUACAUCAAUGGGUGUAUAUAAAUUCUUCGGUGGUCCAUACUGGAAAGUUAAUAUGCUUUUGACACCAAUUUUAGUCCCUGGUCUUAUUUUCUGUGGUAUUGUAGCACUGAACAUCUUCUUACUGUUUGUGCAUUCAUCAGGUGUCAUUCCAGCCGUAACAUUAUUCUUUAUGAUUUUAUUAUGGUUUGUUUUCUCUAUCCCAUUAGCUUUAGCUGGUUCUUUGAUUGCACACAAAAAAUGUAAUUGGGAUGAACAUCCAACCAAGACAAAUCAAAUUGCAAGACAAAUCCCUUUCCAACCAUGGUAUUUGAAAACAUGGCCUGCCACUUUAAUUGCAGGUAUCUUCCCAUUCGGAUCUAUUGCAGUUGAACUUUAUUUCAUUUACUCCAGCUUAUGGUUUAAUAAGAUCUUCUACAUGUUUGGAUUCUUAUUAUUCUCCUUCUUCUUAUUAACAUUAACCACUUCUCUAGUGACUAUCCUAAUUACUUAUCAUUCCUUAUGUUUGGAAAAUUGGAUGUGGCAAUGGAGAGGUUUCAUUAUUGGUGGUGUUGGUUGUGCUAUUUACGUUUUCAUUCAUUCCAUUUUAUUCACCAAGUUUAAACUAGGUGGAUUUACGACGAUUGUUCUAUACGUCGGUUACUCUACUAUCAUUUCAUUAUUAUUCUGUAUUGUUACUGGUGCUAUUGGUUUCCUAAGUAGUAUGUUUUUCAUUAGGAAAAUUUACUCAUCGAUUAAAGUCGAAUAG